GUAAUAAAACAUUUAAUGAGAAAAGUAAUUUAGUUAAACAUAAACGUAUUCACACCGGAGAGAAACCAUUUUCAUGUGAUGUUUGUAAUAAAACAUUUACUUGGCAAAAUAAUUUAGUUGUACAUAGACGUAUUCACAGCGGAGAAAAGCCAUUCUCAUGUGAUGUUUGUAAUAAAACAUUUACUGAUAAAAGUGAUUUAUAAUUUAGUUUCACAUAAACGUAUUCACACCGGAGAGAAACCAUUUUCAUGUGAUGUUUGUAAUAAAACAUUCGCUCAACAACAUCAUUUAGUUUCACAUAAACGAAUUCACACCGGAGAGAAACCAUUUUCAUGUGAUAUUUGUAAUAAAACAUUUAUUCAGAAAAGUACUUUAAUUAAACAUAAACAUAUUCACAAUCGAUAAAAAGUAGAAACAAAUUUGUAAAAAAAUAACAUCGCCGUUAUUUAAUUAAUGCUCUUAUUGCAAAAUGUUAUAAA